UACAUGCGACCGUACAACCGCUCCGAGCCUGUGUUCAUUUUUCUCCAACAGCAGCGACGACGCGGAGGAAAACAGACGGCUGUGUUUUCAAGUGAAGUGUCGGAGAAGAUUUCAACGCGUCCGGAAAUCCUAACUCUCCGGUACCGCACGAACGGAUCUGUGUGUGGUAUUUACGGGGCUGCAGAGGAUCGGCACAUAAACCCUUCUGAUUACUCAGUGGAACGGUUUUUCCGAUCACAGACAUCACACCGGAGCCAAAGGUGCAGUGGGGGCGAGGCUGCUCUCAGGUCAGAACAAACCCGUCACCAUGGAUGUGGAUGAGGAGGAGAAUAUGAGUUCGAGCAGCACCGACGUUAAGGAAAACCGAAACCUGGACAACGUGUCCUGCAAAGACGGGCUGGGAGUGGCUGAACAGCUCCCCAAUGGAAGUGGCCUGGGCAGUCGAAAGCGCCCCCUAGAGGAGGGAAACAAUGGUCACACACACUCCAAGUUCCGGGCCAAGAAGCGCAAGAAAACCCCAGGGCCAGUCCUGCCCAAGAACGCUCUGAUGCAGCUGAACGAAAUCAAACCGGGUCUACAGUACAAACUGCUGUCUCAGACAGGGCCAGUCCAUGCACCGGUUUUUGUCAUGACUGUGGAGGUCAAUGGACAGAUGUUUGAGGGCAUGGGCCCAACAAAGAAGAAGGCUAAACUGAAUGCAGCUGAGAAAGCUCUGCGCUCCUUCGUCCAGUUCCCCAAUGCCUCUGAGGCACACCUGGCCAUGGGUCGAACACUGACAGUGAACACAGACUUCACAUCUGACCAAGCUGACUUUCCAGAUAUGCUCUUCAACGGCUUUGAGACACCAGCCGCACCUGAAGAAUCCUUCUAUCUCGGCUCCAAUGGUAGCAGCUCCUUAAACUCACUAGGGGAGUACCCACUGCCCACGCCACCUGGCAGCAACCUUGUCCAGGCCCCAUUGCCCCCUCCAUCGGCAUUCAACUCGCCCUCCAGUGGCAAAAACCCAGUCAUGAUCCUCAAUGAGCUCAGGCCAGGCCUCAAAUAUGACUUUGUCUCAGAGAGCGGGGAGAGUCAUGCCAAGAAUUUUGUGAUGUCAGUAACGGUGGAUGCACAGACGUUUGAAGGCUCAGGGCGCAACAAGAAGCUGGCUAAAGCCCGGGCAGCGCAAGCCGCUCUCUCAGCUCUCUUCAACAUGCAGCUAGACCAGACACCAUCCCGGCAACCCAUACCACGAGAGGGUUUGCAGCUUCACCUACCCCAGGUUCUGGCUGAUGCCGUCUCUCGCCUGGUGGUGGAUAAGUUCAGUGAGCUGACAGACAACUUCACCUCCCCCCAUGCACGACGGAAAGUCCUAGCAGGGGUCGUCAUGACAACAGGGACAGAUGUUAAGGAAGCACAGGUCAUUUGUGUCUCCACGGGAACCAAAUGCAUCAACGGUGAGUACAUGAGUGACCGUGGCCUGGCGCUCAAUGACUGCCACGCUGAGAUAAUCGCCCGGCGCUCGCUCAUCAGGUACCUCUACACUCAGCUGGAGUUCUUCCUCAGCAACACUAAGGAGGACCACCAGAAGUCGAUAUUCAUGCACUGUGACAAGGGGGGCUACAGGUUAAGGGACAACGUUCAGUUCCACCUCUACAUCAGCACCUCGCCCUGCGGAGACGCCAGGAUCUUCUCCCCACACGAGGCCGGAGUGGAAGACCAAGGAGACAGACAUCCUAACCGGAAAGCUCGGGGCCAGCUAAGGACCAAAAUUGAGUCAGGGGAGGGCACCAUCCCCGUGAGGUCCAGUAACACAAUCCAGACCUGGGACGGGGUGCUGCAAGGAGAGAGGUUACUCACAAUGUCCUGCAGUGACAAGAUCGCAAGGUGGAAUGUGGUGGGCAUCCAGGGCUCUUUGAUGAGCUACUUCACAGAGCCAGUCUACUUCUCCAGCAUCAUCCUCGGCAGCCUUUACCACGCUGACCACCUCUCCCGGGCCAUGUACCAGCGCAUCGCAGAUAUCGAGGACCUGCCACAGCAGUUCACCCUCAACAGGCCUUUACUCAGCGGUAUAAGUAAUGCAGAGGCCAGGCAGCCAGGCAAGGCACCAAACUUCAGUGUGAACUGGACGGUGGGCGACCAGGCCCUCGAGGUCAUCAAUGCAACCACAGGAAAGGACGACAUGGGCCGCGCUUCACGUCUUUGCAAGCACGCCCUCUACAGCCGCUGGGUGCGCCUACACUCGAAGCUGUCAUCCAUCUUGCGGAUCAAGGUGCUGAAGCCCAGUUCCUACCAUGAAGCCAAGCAGGCAGCGACAGAGUAUCACUCUGCUAAGCAGGCGCUCAUCAAGGCCUUCCACAAGGCCGGCCUGGGGGCGUGGGUCAAAAAGCCCAUUGAGCAAGACCAGUUCACCCUCAGCUCCUGAGGGAGUCAAGGGACCAAUGCAUUCCUAUACCCCCCACUCCUUCCCCCCUGACCCAGGCCUGAAAGCAAGAGAGCCCCUUAUUAACAGCCCGCCCACACAGACACUUACCUCCGUCCCAUGUGUCGGCACGCACGUGCACUUUGUACUUGUGGAAAUAAACGUGCGUAGUUUCACAAACCAUCCAUAGCUCGUCAUUCUCAUUCCUCAGAGGACCUCAGCCUCACCGUGUCUCCUCCUUUUUAUUUUUAUUUUUAAUGGAUGGUGUUUUUCAUCUACUUGUUUUCUGUUUUAAAACUGGAAUCCAUGGUUUUUACACCAGUCAGUUGUUUAUGUUUCCCAGAGACAUCAUGUUUAACAUGUGAAAGUUGAAAUUAUACAGUUUUUGUCUAUUUUCUUGAUCAGUGAUUGUAGCCAGUUUAGGGUGAAAUGUAGCCUAGAAACACAGGAUCUUUGUCAAGUAAAUCCAAUGUGUAUGGACCUAAAAAAAUAUAUAUAUACUUGCUAAAAUCAACGACUAUGACGAACUUUAAUUUAAAGAUGCAUAAAUCUUCAGGAUGUAAAUCUAGUACUGAAAAGAAAGAGAACAUAAAAUAGUUAUAACAUUUAAUGUGUGUCAUUUGGUCCGUUGCUUAGGUGAGACUACAUGUUGUUAGCCCCUGUAUUAAAGAUGAAAAUGUUACACAAUAUUGUCGCCCUGUUUGAUUCACUGACUGGAAGGAAUAUACAGUACAGGCCAGGUGACACUGCAGUUUAGUGAACUUUUGUUUAUUUUUAAUGUCUUAUUCAUUCAUUCAUGCAUAUGUUCUGUAAGUUAUUUUACGCCACUCUCAUUUCAUACUUGAACACUGGGGGGUCAUGUUGACUCCUUCCCUCGCCUGGGUCUUGGGACAAGCUUUGGGAGGUGCUGCACGUUGUAUUUUUUUCUUGAUCUAAGCCAUGGCUUUGCAUGGGAACUGAACUGGGAGGCCUGCAGAGCAGAAAACAUGCGGUGGAGAGCCCCGUGCAUCCAUCAGUGAAUGAUUUUGAAUGAAUGCCAGCAUCUUCCUCCACAGGCAGCUUUGAAUCUGUGUCUCUGUUUUCUAGAUUUCUUGUGACUUAUUGUUUGUUUGUUUUGGGGGGAGGGACCGGGACAGUUUUUUUUUUUGUUUGUUUUUCUUAAGAUUGGGCAUUUGAGGAUAGGGGAUAACACUGCAGUGAAAAUAGUGAUAGUAUAAACAGACCUCUCAGAUCUUGUAACUAUGUCACUUUGUGGAAGGGAUCCAUGAUAGCCGUCAGUUGAACUAUCCAUAGAAGGCAUGGUCUGUGUACUGUAGUGCCACGUACAGUACUGUAUAUGAAGUUACACUCACUAGAUACCACAUUAUGCCAGUCUGUAGUGAUUGUCUGAGAUGCAAACAUGUUGUAAUCCCUCCACAUAACUCUCUCUCUGGAAACACCUGGAGGAGCAGUGAAGUACCAUGCAGUCCCUGUGUGAGCAGACUGAAAGUUGUAUGCUAACACAGUACCUGAUCAACUCUGCCAGUUGGUUACAACCAAAUGUCUCACAGCGUGAUGUCAUUUUUCGUCCUCCUCUCUUCUACUUCAGAAACACGUUAGUUGCGUAGCUCGAGAAGACCUUUGUGAUUUGGUUCGACACCUGUACACCCUGAGUGCAUCAAUGUCCUCAUGUUUUAAAUGUGUUAAUGAGGACCAGUUUCCACGUGAACCGCAGUCAAUUCCUAUUCCAAGCUGUAGGAAAAUGUAUGCGUGUGUGUGUGGGUGUGUGUGUGCAUGUAUGUGUGUGUGUGUGUGUGUGUGUGUGUGUGUGUGUGUGCAAUCUCUGUGUGCUCAGGCGUCUUUAAGCAUACUCUGUGGAAUCUUCACCAAAGAUGAUGAUGUCCAUGUGUG